ACAGGCCAGGCCUCGUCCACGGUGUUGCCGAGAAGAUUCGUCGAUUACGUCCUCCCGCUUUCCGAGCGAGGACUAAUUUUCUCCAAAAAAGGGUGACGGCAUCUAAUAUCAUGCAACAACAACAGCGUGUUUGAAUUGAGGAACACUUUUCCAGCUCCUUGCUCGAUAUAUUCUUUUCCUUUUUGAGGAAACCAUGCUCUACAUUCGAAAGCAAACUAAACCAGAUCAAACCUCCGAUUCACACAUUUCUUUGCUUUCAAUCAUGUUGUCACUCGAAUUCACCUCUACAUGGGCCGUCGCCACCGUUUGCUUAGCACUCAUCGCCGUCGGCAUCCUCGCAGAACAUGGCUUCCAUCAUCUAGCCAAGUGUCUCCAAAAGAGGAGGAGGAAGUCAUUAAGCCAAGCUCUUUCUCGGGUAGAGUCAGAGCUCAUGCAGUUGGGCUUUGUCUCUUUGCUGCUGACUGUUGCACAACAACCGAUCUCGAAGAUUUGCAUACCGUCGAGACUGGGUGACUCAUUCCUUCCAUGUAAGGAUGCCCCUUAUUCGAGCAAUGCCAGCGCCACAGGAUCCCCAUGCCAAGAGGGGAAGAUAUCUCUAGUCUCUAGUGGAGGCAUGAAUGAGCUCCAGACGUUGAUCUUUUCCUUAGCCCUCUCUCAUGUACUCUCUUGCCUCCUGACCAUGGGCUUGGGCUUGGCCAAGAUGAAGAAAUGGGAGUCUUGGGAAGAAGAAACGCGAAGCCUCGAGUAUCAAGUUUCUCACGAUUCACGAAGAUUUAAGCUCAGACGCCAAACAAGCUUCGGAAGGCGGCAUUUGAGAUUUUGGAGCAAUCACAGCUUGCUUCGUUGGCCCGUCUGCUUCCUUCGGCAGUUUAUCGGAUCGGUCAGCAAAGCCGACUAUUUUGCACUCCGUCGUGGAUUUAUGGCUGCCCACUUAUCUAAAAAGAGCAACUUUAAUUUUCAUAAGUUUCUUAACAGAGCAAUGGAUGAGGACCUUGUCAUGGUGGUGGGAACGAGUGUUUGGGUCUGGACGUUUGCAGUUCUUUUCAUCUUCUUUAAUGCUCGGAGAUUCUAUAACUAUUUUUGGCUGCCCUUUAUUCCCCUGGUGGUACUUCUGGCCGUGGGAACAAAGCUGGAAGAUGCCAUCACCAUAAUGUGUCUGGAAAGCAGUGAACAGUCUGCUGUUGUGGUAGGAUCAUUGCUGGUGCAGCCCAAAAACGAUCUCUUUUGGUUUGGCCGCCCUCAGUUGGUUCUCCAUCUCAUCCAUUUCAUCCUAUUUCAAAAUUCCUUUCAGCUGGCAUUCUUUGCAUGGACAUGGUACAAAUUUGGAUGGAGAUCUUGCUUUCACAGAGAGAAUGUCGACAUUGUCCUAACCAUAAUUAUUGGCAUACUUGUUCAAUUCUUAUGUGGUUAUGUAGCCCUGCCUCUAUAUGCAUUAGUCUCACAGAUGGGUACGUUCAUGAGGAAAGCAGUGUUCACCGAACGCGUCGUUCGGGGUCUGAAGAAUUGGCACAAGAUUGCAAACCAAAAUUUGGCACCCAAAGCAUCCGGAUCGCGGAAUCAGGCUGCUCGACCAAGCUCUCACAGUGUCCACAAUGUUUUCUCCACGGUGCCCUCACCAUCUUGUACAAUCAACACUCCAGUAUCUGAUGCACAUGAAGCUAGCUCCCUUGAACUUGUUUGCACACGAAGGGGCACAGAGCAUGUUGUGGGGGAGAUAGUGGAAGAAGAGAUCACCCCCGCUACUAGCAAUAGGUUAGCUUAUGAUGGUGAGAUCUCUUUUGAGUGGAUGAAAGAGCGAAGGAAUUAGAUGGGAGGGUGUUUUUGUUGGUAAAAGAGCUUCCUUUUUGAGCUCGGUAACCUUCUUAAUUUCACAAUUUAGUUGAUUAGACAGAUGAAGGUUUGACAGGUUGGUUAACCUUAUCAUCAUAUCUGAAAUAUCCCUCUGUGCAUAAAGAAUAUAUAAGACCUUGACUCAA